AUGCGCAGAUGGAUGCCGGAAAGGAACCUGCCAGAUCUGCUCUCCGGACUGUACUUGCACGUUUUCUUUCUUGUGGGCAGUGUGUGUCUUGCCCGUGGCGAUAGGACUCCAGAGCAAAUGGCUGCAAUUAUGAACUGCUCCAAACACGAAAGGCACACCAGAAACUACGACUAUAUGGAGGGAGGGGAUGUAAGAAUCAGACAGCUUUUCAGCAGGACGCAGUGGUUCCUCACAAUCGACGAAUAUGGCAAUAUCAACGGAACACAAGAUCCCACAAAUUGCUACAGUAUUCUGGAAAUCCGGACAGUCUCAGAGGGAGGUAUCCUGGCCAUUAAGGGGGUGAAAAGCCAAUAUUACAUAUCAAUGAACAGGACAGGGGUUCUGCAAGGGAAGAAGACCUACAGUGAAACUUGCAACUUUAAAGAGGUUUUCUUAGAAAACUACUUCAACGCUUACUCAUCCGCAAAGUGGACUAAGCAGAACGGUAAGGAAAUGUUCAUCGCGCUGUCUCAGAAAGGCCGGCCGCUGAAAGGACGGAAGACCAGGAAGGAGAACAUAUCAUCUCACUUCAUACCCAUGAAAUGCAAAGAGGAAGACAGGCGAGUGGACUGAUGUUACAGUAUUGC